AUGGAGUCCGCCGCUGUGUCGCAGCUGUUCAAACAGCUUUUCCAACAUCGUCCAUGCCGAACAUGCCUUUCCAAUAAACUCCGACAAGCGCCCCGUCGACUAUACAGCUCCCAGAAGCAAUACACCAGUCCAAACUACCAAGGACGACGGAAAGAAGACAACAAGCUUGAGAGCAACUGGCAACAGCGCAGCCUGUCUUUCCCUCCGGAUAAGCUCGACGAAUUCAAGAGAUACCCACAAGUCACGUCGGAUGAACUACGCGCAAGGAAAGAGCGGCCGAGGAGAGUGCGCAUGUUGAUGCGCGACUUCAUCGAAGACAGUCUGUACAACCCGCAGUACGGCUACUUCUCGAAGCAUGUUGUCAUCUGGACUCCUGGCGAACCAUUUGACUUCAAUCAACUCCCCGAUGAACAAUCUUUCUACCGAGAAUAUGGUCAACGCUACAACGACUUUGAAGAUCAGCUGGAUGCAAAGGAGUACAACGAGACUCGCCAACUCUGGCAUACGCCCACAGAACUCUUCCGCCCAUACUAUGGAGAAGCUAUCGCCCGCCAUCUGGUCGCAAACUACAAGUUGCAAUUAUACCCAUACCACGACCUCCUCAUCUACGAGAUGGGUGCCGGAAAUGGAACUCUGAUGAUGAACGUCCUCGACUACAUUCGCCAGACCGACCCUGAAGUCUACGCUCGCACUCGCUUCCGCGUCAUUGAAGUCUCUUCCGCUCUGGCCUCGAUCCAGGGAAGCCAGCUCAUGAGAAAUGCUCAAGCGAAGGGCCACGCAGACAAAGUUUCCAUCAUCAACAAGUCAAUCUUCGAUUGGGACAUUUAUGAGGCUUCUCCUUGCUUCUUCCUAGCUAUGGAAGUCUUCGACAACUUUGCUCACGACGUAAUCAGAUAUGACCCUUCCACCGAAGAACCACUUCAAGGUUCUGCUCUGGUCGAUGCGAAUGGUGACUUUUACGAAUUCUACUCUAAGGACAUAGACCCGGUGGCUUCUCGCUUCCUGCGAGUCAGGGAUGCUGCAUGUAACGACAUCAACUACGCGCAUCCUCUACGCAACUCUCCCGCUAUAUUGAGGAAGUUGAGGAGCAAAUUGCCCUUUGCUCCCAACCUCAGUAUCCCAGAGUACAUUCCUACGAGGUUGAUGCACUUUUUCGAUAUUCUGCACAAAUACUUCCCGGCACAUAAAUUGGUCACUUCGGAUUUCCACGCUCUUCCCGAUGCUGUGGAGGGUGUCAACGCGCCUGUGGUGCAGACUCGCUACCAACGUCGCAUGGUCCCUGUCACCACUCCUCUGGUUCAUCAAGGCUUUUUCGACAUCCUCUUCCCCACAGACUUUGCGGUCAACGAAGCAAUCUACCGUGCCAUUACCGGAAAGCUUACCCGCGUCAUGAAGCACGAGGACUUCUUCAAGCGAUGGGCCUAUGUCGAGGACACACAGACGAGGAACGGAGAAAACCCGCUCUUGAGCUGGUACAAGAAUGCUUCCGUCAUGAUCACCAUAUAG